AUGAAGAAUGCGGCGCGGUUCGCGGAGCUAGAAAGGCUCCAACAAUCGAUCGAUGACGAAAUGAGAAGGGAGAAGCUUGCGAAGAAACUCAAGGCCGAGGAGGCACGGAAGAUCCUUGAGAGGCAGGAACGCGAGGAGGAGGAAGCUGCGAUGAAGCGCGCGGCGGUUGACCAGUACAAGUUGGAGCAGAAGCACCAACGCCAGGAGGAAGAGCUGCGGCGCCGGAAACUGGAGAAUCUCGAAAACGAGUUUCGCGAAAAGGUUCAGACAGAGUUGGAUAAUUUACUGGGACAUGUCAAGGGUCUUGUCCUUGCGCAUGAUAAGGUUGAGGUCGAUGAAGCGGUGGAUGUCGCCCAUGUCGACGAGGCUACACCGACAGAACUCAGCGCCCGCAGAUCAGUCAGGAAAGGUCGCAAUACGGAAGUAAACGAGCAAAAACUCUAA